AUGGAUUCGUUGACAGCGUUGGCCGAGUUGUAUCAAUUCAAAGGAUAUUUCCAAAGCAUAGCCGAAGGUGGAUUUGUGACCUCUUCUUCAUCUUCAUCUUCCAACUCAUCGUCACUAUCAUCAUCUUCAUCCAACAACUUCUUGACUCCAAAUGAAUACCAAGAAUCAUCCACAUCACCACGUGACACCACAGAGUCUUCUGGAGAGUCUUCAUUGUCCUCCUCCACAUCAUCCUCUUCACUGAAUGGAUCUUCACCACCAGUUAAACUAGUUCCAUUCCGUGGACACAGUGUAGCAGCAUUCGAUAUAGAUGGAAAGGAAAUGAUAUGUCUACCACAGGUGUACGAAAUAUUCCUUAAAAAUAUGGUAGGAGGACUUCAUACGGUAUACACUAAACUGAAACGUCUCUAUAUUAAUCCGAUGGUGUGCAAUGUAGAACAGAAACUUUACGAUGAUUGUACAAGCACGUGCACUCGUCCCGGACGCCCGUCAAAACGAAAUUUCGAAGAUUGGAGUGGGACAACUGUAAUCAUCAAAAAAGAUAAACCCGAUUCAGAACCCGUGAACAGUAGUGGACCAGUAUUUAAUCAACUAAUGCAACCUCAGAUGACACCUCAACAGAUACUGAUGCAACACUUUGUGGCACUGACGCAGAAGAACACUUUCGAUGGAGGUGAAGACGACGAACAUAACCAGAGGUCUUGUGACGACGGAACCCCAUUAAAUUUAAGCAAAAGUUCAGGAAACUCGGAAAACGAUUCGGAUUCACUUGAGAAUAUGCGAAAGGAAGAUUCCUCACCCAACAAUUCGGAUAGCGAUCGUGGUGGAUCAAACUCGAACUCGUUGUCAAUGUCAAUGGAAGGUGGAAGUAGUAGUAGCGGGAAGAAUGAAGAUGGGAACAUGAUGAAUAAAGUGUUGUCACUUAUUGAGAUUGCAAGUCAGCAGUUCAAACAUGAAAGGGAGGAAUUAUGGAAGGAGAGGAAUGAAAUUCAAAUCCUCCGAGAAAGUUUCCAUAAAAUUGUUCAAGAGGAACGUGACUUGCGCAAAAAAUUGGACUCACAAACAAAAAAGUGUGCAGCAUUCGAGAAACGUUACAAGUAUGUGAAUCGUCAAUUGCUAUUGGUGAAUGCAGAACUACGGAGAUAUAAAGAAAAAGAUUAUCAUUCAAGUAAUGGUAGUGGUCAACCUACAAACUAG